CGUUGUCGCGGGGUUCGGGCUCGGCUUGGUUGGCCGAGCCGAGCAGGAGGGACGAGCGGAGCNCGGGAACCCAGCCUUUGUGAAUGUGGCAUUCCCUCUCAAGCCUUCGUUUUUGUGGGAGCCGCGCUGUUUCCUGCAGAGCUUCAUCCCACCACCGGACCGAAUGGAUAUUUGUUCGUCCGCCACAGAGGACCUUGCCUCCACCCGUAUGCUCGAGGUUGGCUCGGUGGCCAUCCGCAUCCCGGAACUGGUGGAGCGCAUGGAGUGGUAUGUGGCGAAGAAGGCCAAGGGCGAAGAGGAGCUUCGGAGGCUGCAGGAGCCUGCGGCCGACUUUGAGGGGAAGAUCGCUGAGGCGGAGGAGCGUGCUUGGGCUUCGGAGGAGCGGGCUCGGGCUGCAGAGCAGGCUCGCAUCGCCGCUGAGGAGAAGGCGCGCUGCCUUGAUGAGGAGGCCGAGCACAUGAUCAAGGCCUUUCAGACUUCCCUUGCGUUCGAGGAGGCGGCUCUCUCCCGCAUGAACAAUCUCUUGAAGGUCUGGGCUCAAACCCCCGACGGCCAGCGUCUCCUUCUCAAAGAGGGGCAAGCCAAUUACUCCAUGGGUUUGCACAGGGCUCAAGAAGUCUUGCUAGAGUGGAUCAGAGAUGGGAAGGAACUCCCGAAGCCGUGCGAGAACCCUGAGGAGUUUGAUUCCUCCAUCUACUACUCUGAUGAUGAGGACGGUGCUGGAGGGGGUGAGGACACAGCCAGAAAUUAAGCGUGCUUGGGCCCAACACUAAACUCCACCCUUUUCUUUUCAAUGUAAUGUUUUUGUGCUCGAACAAUAUGUUUCGUAUCGCGCGACUAUUAUCUUUGACUCUUCAUGGUUUGUGAUGCCUUUAUCGUCUUGCUUUGAUUCUUAAUCGCAUUUCCUUGAAUAAGUUUUGAAGUCGGAA